AUGACGAACACAAACAACAUGAACGACACAGGCCAAUCCCACCCAACCACCACCGAAACUCCUUCCACCACCUCGUCCAUCACCUCCCCCCCUCCCUCAUACCACUCCCAAAGCCCUAACAUCAACCCUCUCGAACCCACCCUCACCGACAUCCACACAACCGGCACCAUCGUCCUCCCCUACGACAACACCACCACCUACCAGCCUGCCCCUAAACCCAACAUCAUGAAGGAGUCGAUAGACGCAUGCAUAGAAUUCUGCUGCGUCCCCAGAGUAUCUCCAUGGGACUGGUCAAGCGACUACUCCACCACAACAUAUCCGUCUUCGCUAUCUUCGCAUACCGCUGAUUCGUACCGCAGGACGGAGAGUAUGCGCUCUCGAGACACGGUGAGCGAUGCCGAGUCCGAAUCACAGGUAGAGCAUGCGAAGAAGAAGAAGAAGGAUGUUGGAUAUGCAAAGCAAGAAGGGAUCAGCGGAAAGGAGCCCAGAAAAGAUUAG